AUUAUGGUGAUAAAAGAAGUUGCACCAGAAGGAAGAAGUUCUUCCGGACAGUUCUCGCGUUCAAACGAGGCUUUAUUCCCGUAGGGCAAUGUUUGCAAAUCCGCACAGUCUUUAAAGAAACAACGAACACUGUGUGCUUGUAGAUACCCCCCGGUCAUUCCUGGCGUCGUUUGGGCGGGAUUGAUGGCCUGGAACAUAAAUUGGUCCUGAGGCCAUAUGAAGCGAGAUAUAAGACGGAGAGACCCCCCCCCGCCGCGCUUUGUGUUGGUCAUUGUUUCACUGGAAUCUGAGGGAUUCUUUUCAAACAUCUGGGGGCGAUGUGCUAGGUAACAAUAGCCUAGAGUGUGUAGAGCGAUUAGACAUGUAUGGGGGUACCCCUCGGUUUCAUUUCUUGCCGGGUAUACCUCGGGCUGCACAAGGAAACACAGCGAAGGGGAGGAAAACGAUGCGAAUGCUGCUUGUGAAAGUUGCACUUUAUAUGUCGCCUUUUACAUAGAUGCCACAUUUCCUGUGAUUUCCCUGAUUCAUCACUGGGGCCUGCUGCAAGUGCUGAAGCAUCGAUCAGGCUACCCUGGAUACGAGGUUUAUGAGGGGAAAUGAAGUAACAUUUGAAACGAAAUUGGCUGUGAUGAAACAUUCACGUGAGUGCCAAAACCGUGCCAAAGGUCUCGCAAGAGGGAGAGCUGGAAACUCGACUUCCGCGUCGAAUGUUAUUUAAGCUGGUAUUCGCCAGCUCUGCCAAACAUUGCUCCCUGGAAAUCCGCCCACUGUGACUGAUGAGUUCAGAUUUCGGCAGCGCAUCCCCAGCAGAGCACAACUGAUUGACCGUACCAACAACAUGCAGCCCUCUCUGCUAAGUUCUCUCCUCAUAACAGGGGUCCUGGUUGCCCUGUACAAUCCCAUCAUGGCCGAAUCCAACGCAGCAAACGAAAUGCCCACGAACGAUAUUUGCACUGACUGCAUGAACGUCGUGGGCGAUAUUUCCCAAACCCUGAAGAAUCCGGCUGAUGAGGAGAUAAUUAUUAAGAAACUGGAGCAGUUGUGUCGGAUCUUGGGGUCGACUUACUGUACCGAUCUCGUCGAUGAAUACGGAGAACUUGCCCUGUCUUAUGUCGCUCAAUUCUUUGAUCCUAAAACCAUCUGCGCAUCUCUCCGUCUAUGUCCCAGCCAAGGACCCGUGCCCCUAGCAGACUUCAAGUUGGACAAGCUUCUGAUGGCGCAGGAUAAUGGAACCUUCUGCGUAGACUGUGAGGCCUUCUUGACCAUUCUAUCAAACCUCUUCAAGGACAGAACAAUCGACGAGGAAGUGACCCAGAUGAUCGAGAAAGUCUGCCCCCUCCUCCCGGAAUCGUUGGCGGAGCAGUGCAAGGGCUUCUUGGACCUCUACGGCCCAGUCCUCCUCAAGCUGAUUGCUGACGCCGAGCUCGAUCCAAACGACAUCUGCAAGGACGUCAGGCUCUGCAGCUCCAUCCCCAACUUGCCGGCGAGACAGACACUUUCCGUUGGAUCAGCGGCGUGUUCGUUCUGCCUGACGUUGGUGGCCGUAAUCGAAAACGUUGUGGAGUGCCUCGUCGAAAAUGGGAUAACACUGCUCGCUGCGAUUUGCGACGUCCUCCCUGACCCUGUAGCGGGCACGUGCCGGAACUUAGUAGAGACGAUUGCCUCCAACGUUGCGAAAGUGAUUCUGGAGAUACUGAGAACAAUCCUUACUCCGGAGAGGAUCUGUGGGGCUCUGCGUGUGUGCUCUCAAACCCCAAUCGGCCAACUCGAAAGCAAGAUCUGUGACCAAGGCCCAACGUUCUGGUGUGCCAGCAUGGACAACGCCAAACUAUGCAACAACAUUGAGCACUGUCGUCGCCACGCUUGGAACUGAGUCCGAAGACCAAUAUGAAUGAUGAAACAGAAAUGUCCUGAUAAUAUUGUGACCAAGGUUCGUAGUAAGAAUAUAGACAUACAAAAUAAAUAUAUCUUUAAAUGUUACGCGCAGUUGCCAUUACAAUUAAAUGUAUGCAAGACUGGUGAGUGGAGUAUUUUGCAAUAGAGACCUUAUAUAAUGUUCGAUUAUCUUUGAAAUAAAAACCAGUAACAGUUGUGAAUGCUUUACAGUCGAAGAGAUGACUUUAAAGCGUGCUUGUAGUGAAUACAAAACAGUUGCACGUAGCUAGGAAGCCCAAAUACAAUUGUUGUGCAAUGGCAAGCGAAAAAUUAUGUCUGCUUAUCAAGUCUGACAACGGAAAUGAUUCCUGGAUGCAAAGGUUGCAAAUUUAUUUUUGAAUCUUUGUUACAAUUGCUAUAGGUAUUUUGGCUGGUAUUUGCGUUUUUUCAUUAGUGUGUCAAAGGAGUAUUUUCACCAUUUCGUUCUUUGACAGUGUUUCCGACUUAGUCAGCAAAAAUCGAAGGGAAUUGCGUUUUUCAACCUCAAUUUCAGGUUCAACCACAGAGAUAUAAUAAUGUCGUCAACAGGUGCUAUUUUUCUAUAGAUACGUGCAUAUUGCUCACGUUGCAUUUAAAAAGCUUUCAAUCUGCUGUAUAGUUAACCUUUAGGUAUAUAGUCAAAAAAUUAAACAGCACACGGAAGCGAUAUAUGGAAGCUGUUUUAUUCUAGUUUACUUCAUAUAAAAUGCAAAAUAUAAUGCCCUGGAUUUUUCCCCAUUGUGCAAAAAUGAGACGGGAAUUGUAAGUUGGGGGGUGUAUCUCCUUUCAACACAAUAGGCCGUACAGACGCCACCUCACAUCUGGACGAAAUAGAAAUGAAGGGAUUCCGCUAGAUUUACACUUACAUCGAUUUGAACUCCAUCCAGUUUUGAAACAUUGUAAAAUGCAGCGCAAGCGACAAAGAGCUGGAGUGACGGGGGGUUGGGGUUGGGGAAUUCACUCGCAUGAUGCUCGCGAAGUCGCAGGUUCAUCAUGGUUUAGUUUCUUCUACCAAUCUAUUAUCAUUCCUUUCCAGUUUGGGCUGGAGCACAGUGAAUGUUGUACAGAAAUACUUCAGAUAUUGAAAACAAGAACUUCAAUUGUUGGUGCUUCCCCGCUGAUGUUAUUCCAGGGGUUAACCGGUCUGAGGAAAAUAUCACCAAGACUUGUAGUGGAUCUUGCAUUACAAAAACCACCUCCUUAUUUAAAACCAGUGUACUCGGUCUGUGAUGUAUAUAGAUAAAUGUCACAUAUAGUGCGUGUCAUGUUCCCGAAUUUAAUCACUGGGAUUUGAUUAACUACUUAAAGAGUAAUUAUAUUUCACUGGAUAAAUUGAAUGGAAGAAGUAAGUUAGUUUACUGUAUUGACUAUCGUUGUAUGCCCGAUUUUGAAAUCAUUAAAAUAAUCAGUGCCAAUCGUUAGCUUUAAUGCGCUUCCUCUGAAGACUGUCCCUGAAUAACAAGUAUCUUAGCCAGAUUUUUAAGCCCGCUUUCGCAAGUUCACCUCGUGUCAUAAUUUUUUUUUGGAAAUCUAUUUAUUCAGAUGAAAAAAAUGAAAUGUACCUUUUUGGCAUUACCCACCACGUUGUACACAACAUUUGGCAUAUUGACGGCCACCUCAGCGGGACAAUAGUUCAGCUGCGCACAGGCCUGACCAGGAUCUGGCUGCAUUAACAGAAAACGAAAGCCAUUUGAUAGGUCUCGAUUCAAAUCCUUAGAGGACGCUAUGUAUGGACAUUGUUGCUCCAGGCAAACGAGCUGGUUGAAAUGAUUUCAAAUAUUACAUAGUCACUUGCAAAGUCCACAGGAUUUUAACAAUGUUCAACGGGAACAUGCAAAAGCAUGGUAAUCGGUGCAUUCGUGCAUGCUUCAUAAUCAUAACUCAGCUCUGGAAAGUUCAGGUUAGGCUUUUGAUUAAUUCCCAGUAGAAUUCGCAGCUGAAUGACAUUGGCAGGUGACGGAAUUCUGGUCUGUAUCGUGAGAUAAGCCCAUUGCUCGAGACUCAAGAUCUGAUUGCCUUGGCACACAGAACAUGUCCACUGUUUUUAACAAGGUCUCCGUAUAGAGGCUUUGCAUGGUAGCCAUCUUCCAGGGCAGUUCUUUUGUUCUACAGAGAAACCACCUUUGUGCAUACCCUACGGCACAAAGUGGCCUUCAAGAUGGCAGCAAUGCAAACCCUCUAUUGUCAGUUUAAGAAUAAAGUGUUUUAGACACAUUUUUGCAGUAA